UUCCUGCUGCGACCGGUGAGGGACCGAAGCAGCCAGAGAAAGUCGGUGCUGCUCCGUGUGUAAUGUUUAUUUUCAGCUGAUUUCAGAGGAGAUUCAAUUCGUGCGACUUUGGAAGAAAAGCGAACAGAGAUGCUUCGUUUUUCUCUGCUCGUUUGUGGCAGACAAGUCGCUAAAAGGUUUUCCUCGUCGUUCUCCGGUCAGAGCGUCCUGCCUCCAAAUUUACUUCUGCCCACCAACCUCGUGGAUCUUGCCAGAUCAAAGCGUCCUCCCCCUCCUGCAGACUGCUCCCUGCCUCUUCUGAGGAAGUGCGAUGCUCUCGUUCCUGCUCACCUGAGCCCCGUCCAGACGUGGGUGGAGUCUCUGGAGAAGCAGGACAGCGAGCCAUUGGGUUUAGCUCAGCUCCACCCUGAUGUCUUCGCGGUGCCUCCGAGGCUCGACAUUCUCCAUGAUGUUGAAACGUGGCAGAGAAAUUACAAACGAAUUAGCUACGCCAACACAAAGGUCAGGUCAGAGGUCAGAGGUGGGGGCAAGAAACCGUGGAGACAGAAAGGAAGCGGCAGAGCUCGUCAUGGAAGCAUCCGAUCCCCGAUAUGGAGAGGAGGUGGGGUGGCUCACGGACCCAGAGGACCGACCAGUUACUACUACAUGUUACCCAUGAAAGUUCGAGUGCAGGGACUCAAAGUGGCGCUGAGCUGCAAGAUGACUCAGGACUACCUUCACAUCGUGGACUCCCUGAACAUCCCCACACCAGACUCCCAGUACCUGCUGGACCUCAUCAGACACAGACACUGGGGAGAGUCCGUGUUAAUAGUCGACGUAGGUGAAGAGUUUCCUGAAAACAUCCUGCAGGCCACAGCAAACUUAAAGACAGUGAACAUCAUCCCAGCCAUCGGUCUGAACGUCCACAGCAUCCUGAAACACGAAGCCGUCGUCCUCACUCUGGAAACUGUCCGGUUUCUGGAGGACAAGCUGCUCUGGCACGAUCAACGAUACACACCCCUGUACCCGUUCAAACUGCCCUACUCUGACUUCCCAUAGAAAACCUGAAAGUACAUGUAAUAUAUUCACUCGCAGUGAGCCAGUUCUUUUCUUAAUGUGUUUAUUAUGUUUAAAAACAAAAAAUUCAUUAAUAAAUAAUGCCAAUAAAAAAAAAAAA